AUGAAUGCAGCGGACGAAGAAAAAACAUCUUUCAUCACAGACCGAGGGCUAUAUUGCUACCACAUCAUGCCCUUCGGACUGAAGAAUGUAGGGGCGACUUACCAGAGGCUAGUGAAUCGGAUGUUCAAGGAAUAUAUUGGAAAAUCCAUGGAGGUAUAUGUGGAUGACCUGCUGAUAAAGAGCAAAGAGCUCGCCCAACACCUUGUGGAUUUGCGAAUGGCGUUUGGAGUCUUAUGCCUUUACAAAAUGAGGUUGAAUCCAUCGAAAUGUGCUUUUGGGAUCCAGUCGGGAAAAUUCUUGGACUUUAUUGUAUCUGAGAGAGGAAUUGAAACUUCUCCAGAUAAGUGGUGGGGAGAGUGGCUGCUCUGGGAAGUGGCGGCUAGGAAACUCCGUCCUUAUUUCCAAGCCCACACAGUAAAGGUAUUGACAGAUGCUCCAUUGACUAAAAUACUGAGGAAGUCAGAUUGUAUAAAGAGGCUGAUAGCUUGGUCAGUCGAGCUGAGUGAGUUCGAUAUAGAGUACGAGCCAAGAAAAGUAAUUAAAGGGCAAGCAAUGAUGGAUUUUGUAGCAGAAUUCUCAGACUUUCUCCAGGAGGAAGUGAUAGCACCAUCAGGGAAGCUGUGGUUAUUGUUUAUAGAUGGAUCGUCUUGCUUGAUAGGCGGGGGCCUGGGGAUACAUUUGUUGAGCCCUGAUGGCUAA